AUGACAGAUGAUGGAAGGAAAAAGACUACUUUGGAACAACGCGAAAUACUCAUACAAUUUAUGGAAGAACAUCCUGAUCUAGCCCAAAAUAGGAUACAAGGUCUUGAGGCACGAAAACAAACAGCGCGUUUAUGGGAGCAGCUAGCAAAUGAAUUGAAUAGUUGUGGCCAUGGAGCCACAAAAUCAACAGAGAAAUGGAUGAAGUCAUGGAGAGACUGGCGUUUGGAUGUAAAAUCAAAAGCAUCCAAAUUAAAAAAUUAUCAGAGAGGAACAGGAGGAGGAGGUCCAUCACCAGCAUCUUUACAAGAUACAGAAAAGAGAUUACUUGCUUUGAUGGGGAUAGAGUCAGUAACGGGACACUUAAGCGUGACAGAUCCUGCAGAGGCUCAAACAGAAACGCUUAAAAAGUUGACAGAUGCUGUUACAGAUGUUGCAGCUACUUUAAAAAAUUUUAUGAAUGUAGAGAUGUUACAGGCAUCGUAUACAAGUGAGAACGAAGAAAAUGGGCAUUAG